AUGUCUACUAAACUUUUGAGAGCUCUCCAAAUCGACAACAUGUUCGCCCUCCCUGGCCUCAACCUGAGCGCCCAACCCUCCGAACCGCUCAACGUCCCAUCCUCCUCCGCAACCCGCACACAAGAACUCUCCGCAAAUACCGAAUACCGCUUCGAGGUCGCCUUCGCACGCGCCCUCACCAUAAAGCUUCUCACCGGCACUGCAGAGUACUUCGGCACCGAGCUCGCACCCUCCUCAACGUACACAUUCUCCGGCACUAAAGGAGCUGUCUUUACAUGGCAUGGCUGCAAGCUCGAAGUCGGCGGUGAAGCCGAGUCGGAGUACGUGGCUGAGGAGACGCAAAUGAUAGGCGCAGCGAAUGCCCAUUUCGCGCUCGAAUCGCUGCGCGAGCGCGCUGUGCAGACGCGCGAUGCCGGGCCUAGGGUCCUCGUUGUUGGCCCAGAGAACGCGGGGAAGACGUCGCUCGUCAAGACGCUCAUCGCGUAUGCCGUCAAGAGCGGCCGACAGCCCAUGGCCAUCAAUCUAGAUCCGCGGCAGGGCAUGCUCUCCGUGCCGGGUUCCCUCACAGCCGCCGUCUUCUCGUCCAUAAUAGAUAUCGAAGAGGGAUGGGGCAGCAGCCCGAUAUCAGGGCCUAGUCCGACGCCUGUCAAGAUGCCGCUCGUGUACCACUACGGGCUGCGGGAUGCGGAAGAGGGCAAGGUGUUCCGGCCGCUGGUGACGCGCAUGGCGCUGGCGGUGACGAGCAGGCUGGAGGAGGACCCGGCGAGCAAGCAGGCGGGUUUUAUCAUUGAUACGCCCGGGGGUAUCGGACAGGGGAAGGCGGGCCAAUACGAAAACAUAGAGCAUAUAAUAUCUGAGUUUUCUGGUGCGUGUGAUGUCCACUGUCGCGAUGUUAUCCCUACACCUCCCUACAACAACCUGCCCUGGCUGGCCAUUCGCCUACAAUCCUCCCAUUCACACAACAUAAAACAUAACACUAACAACCGACAGUCAACGUCCUCUUCGUCCUCGGCUCCGAGCGCCUCUACUCAGACCUCUCCCGCAAAUACUCUACCCAAGGGCUCACCGAUCCCGUCCACGUCGUCCGCCUCGACAAGUCCGGCGGCUGCGUCGACCGCACAGAAGAAUACAUGA